ACUGUCUGGAUAAAAACAAUAGUUAAGUUCUUUUUUAUAAAAGUUGCACUUAAUUUUAACUAUUUGUUGCACUUUUGCACAACUGUAAGCCUGCUUAUAUUGUUUACUAUAAAAAUCUGCAAAAACUAACAGGAUAAUCAGGAAUAAAGAGGACGCAAAAGCAAAAAAGAUGUCUGAAACAUACGAUUACCUUUUCAAGUUUCUAAUAAUUGGCAGUGCUGGCAGUGGCAAAAGUUGUCUCUUGCAUCAUUUCAUUGAGAGCAAAUUCAAAGAUGACAGCUCGCAUACCAUUGGCGUAGAAUUUGGCUCAAGAAUAGUGAAUGUGGGCGGCAAAUCGGUGAAGCUACAAAUUUGGGAUACGGCUGGCCAGGAAAGAUUUCGUUCGGUGACGCGAUCUUACUAUCGUGGCGCAGCUGGUGCACUUUUGGUCUAUGACACCACCUCGCGUGACUCCUUCAAUGCUUUGACGAAUUGGCUGAAUGAUGCGCGCACGCUAGCGAGUCCAAAUAUUGUUAUAUUGCUGGUGGGCAACAAAAAGGAUCUGGAGGAGGCGCGCGAUGUUACUUUUCUGGAGGCGAGCACAUUUGCACAGGAGAAUGAGCUAAUAUUCUUGGAGACGAGCGCCAAAACAGGCGAAAAUGUAGAGGAAGCAUUUCUCAAGUGUUCUAAGACCAUACUCGCAAAGAUAGAGACAGGCGAGCUGGAUCCGGAGCGCAUUGGCAGCGGCAUACAGUACGGCGGCGCCGCUUUACGCAAUUUGCAAACGCGACAGCGCAGCAUCAACAAACCAGAUUGCACUUGUCGCGUGUAGAGUACGACGAGCUGCAUUGUAUUUAGGUUUAGGGUCAGACAAAUUAAUCUCAUUUUAAAAAAAUCUAAACUUAGGUUAUAUGUAUUCUGUAUGUAGCUGUGUGUUUUUGUCAAUCUGUAUGUUGAACUCAUUCCAAGCUUUGUGCUUUGUUUUAAAUAAUAUUUUCACAAAUUUUACUUACUGACUUAUUUGUUUAAAGCUUGUUUUGCUGAAUAACUGUAAUUGCAAAGCUACUUAAGCGCACCGAUUGAUUUAAUUAUUAUUGUAUGUAUUAUAGGCUGCUCGAGAGCUGCGAAAAAUUUGUUUCUGAAAAGUGAUGUGACGAGCAUCUUGUAAAUAGCAAAUUGUAAAGAAAUUCAAAUGGAAUAUAGCACACGCGGCAAUUAAAAAUAAACGCAAAUAUAAAAUAUAAAUUUA